GCUUUAGCAUAAAGUGCAGUCCAAAUGAUUAUAUUACAGUUUAUGGAAUAACGGAUUGGAUGCCUGGAAAUUAAACCACACAUUUGUCUACAUAUGAGAUUUAACACAUUAGGCAGAUAGGUGACUAUGCCGCUUCAGACAGAGAUCCUGAGAGAGGUGUGGACUGAGGACAAUAAGCCUAAAAAGAAGAAAGCUGAGUCUAUUCCAACAGAGAGCAAUGGGACAGACACUAAAUCCAAAAAAAGCAAGAAUAAAAAAAAUGAAGACCUGUCAACAGAGAGCAGUCCUGCUGCUCAAAAAAAUGGUGAAAAUGUGAAGAAGAAAAAAACUGAAAAGGAAAAAGAAAAGGAAUCCCCACAGAAAGAAAAGGCUGAGCCAAAAAAGAAAGCCAAAAGUGCCACAAAGAAGAAGAAGAAAAGUUCAAGUGAUGAUGAAGAUAAUAGUGAUGGGGGAGAAGAAAUGGCAACACCCCAAAAGAAAACAAAAUCAAAAUCUAUCAAGGAUUGCUCUGAUGGUAAAGAAAAAGACAAAGACAAGAAAACGAAAUCUAAAGAGGAAAAAGAAGACAAAGACACUAAGGGAAAGUCUAAGACCAAAAAGAAGGAGCCAGCCUCUUUGUUUCAGAUAAAUGGGGACAAAUCAACCACAAAGGGUAAAAAGAAAGCUGACAGAUCAGACAGUGAAGAGCGAAGUGAGCCAGACAGCAAAACCAGCAAGAGCAAGAAAAAGAGCAGCUCGAACCCAGGGUCCAUGUUCCAGACUGGUGGAGAAAAGGAUAAAGACAAGGACAAGGACAAAAGGUCUAAAAAAUCUAAAAGUCUGGCAAAAGCAGAAGAGAGUGAUGACUCAGAGUCUGAGGUGACAAAGAAGAAAAAAAAGGGAAAAGGAAAAAAGGGGAAAAAGGAGGAACGAGCCCCUUCACCAGUCAUUGAGUUUGAUGACCUGGAAGAGUUUGUGCUUCAACCAGCACAGCAGGGAAUCACAGUGAAAUGUAAAGUGACACGAGACAAAAGGGGAAUGGACCGUGGUCUUUAUCCUACUUACUACCUUCAUCUAGACAAUGAAAAGAAGCAGGUCUUUUUACUGGCGGGACGAAAGCGUAAAAAGAGCACAACUUCCAACUACUUGAUCUCAAUUGACCCCACUGACCUCUCUAGAGGGGGUGAAAACUUUGUAGGGAAAUUAAGGUCCAAUCUGAUGGGUACUAAAUUCACAGUAUUCGAUAAUGCACUUCAUCCUGACCGAGCACUUCCUGACAUGUCAAAUGCAAGGCAGGAACUAGCAGCCAUUAUUUAUGAAACUAAUGUGCUGGGAAUGAAGGGUCCAAGGCGGAUGACAGUCAUUAUCCCUGGAAUGGACAAAGAUGGAGAGCGAGUACCCAUACGGCCACGCAGUGAAAAUGACGGCCUUCUAAUUCGGCACCAAAAUAGGAACAUGGAGAAUCUGAUAGAUCUUCGCAACAAGACACCUGUAUGGAACGAGGAGACGUCAUCUCAUGUACUCAACUUUAAUGGCAGAGUCACGCAAGCCUCUGUGAAAAACUUCCAGAUUGUUCAUAGCAAAGACCAGGACUACAUUGUGAUGCAGUUUGGGAGAGUUGCAGAUGAUGCCUUCACCCUGGACUAUAUCUAUCCUCUGUGUGCAGUGCAGGCCUUUGCUAUUGCCCUCUCUAGCUUUGAUGGUAAAAUCGCUUGUGAGUGACAGCUUCAAACAACAGAAGCGCAUUUUUCACCGCUCUGUUUCUGCAUGUUUCUGAGAAGACUGAAAACCAUCAAUCUAGGAACUAUAUGAGAAUAAUGAUGAAAAUAUUGCAGUUCUCUGACCUGCUGUGCUCAAAUAUUGAAGUCUAAGAAAAUAUCAAGUGAGACAUUCUGAAGGCUGUUAUCACAAGAUGGAGGUUUUGACAAGAAGGCAAAUUCUGUUAAAUUUGUGAAAUAAUGUGAAAUAAGAUCAGAAUAAUAUGACAUAGGAACAUGUGAAGAGACACAAAGUAUUAUAAGUAUUAUAGUCUUUGGAAGCAUCUAGAAACUGUGUGUUAUAGUUUUUAAACAAUACCCAGGUCUAAAGUAUAACUUGGAGAGUGGAGAAAAGUCUAAUAAAAGUCUUUUUUGCCUUUUUGAGUAUUGAAAGUGCUAUACAAUUGCU